UGCGGCGCAUUCACUUAUCCUGACCCAAAUAAGAAUUCUUGCACGAUGGCUGCAGGUGUAUUGCACGGAAAGCAUCUAAUUGCUCGAAGCAUUUGCGCUGACCGAGUGCAUGUUGCGUGUAUUUCGAUUUCGACUGCAUUUUUUGCGGAACUAUUUUCCUGAUUUGAAUUGACUAAUUUGUCAUCGAUCGGUCACGAGGGCGCACGGGCCCUCGUGGCAAGAAACGGGGGUUUUGCUGCAUGUGGAAAUAGCCGAGCAGAACCUUCGUGUUCUCCUCAACCAUCGUUUAUCUGUCGCGCAAACGUCAAACGCACUUUACAUUUGUCUCUUUCAAUUCUGCGCCAUCCUUGACGAUGAGCAAAAAGGGCAAUAAAACACAGCAACCAGAGACUAGCUACGCAGAACGUGAUAUCGUACUAGCCAAAGUACGCGGCUUUCCACCAUGGCCAGGCAUGGUCGUGAACCCUGACACAGUCCCCUCCGCUGUGUCGAAGGAGCGCCCAGCAGGCAAAAAAACUACGUUCCACUGUGUCAGGUUCUUCCCCGCAGGCGACUAUGCUUGGCUUGUGUCGAAAGAUAUCUCCAAGUUGAAGCAACAUGAGAUCGAAGCAUAUAUCAACGAACCUCACAAGAAAUCUGGCGACCUUCUGACAGGCUAUCGGAUUGCGCUGGACCCGUCAAAAUGGGAAAAGGAACGUGAAAACGCAGACUUGGCAGCGGUAGAACAGGAGGACAAUGCUCCUGUUGAUCAGCUCGACAGCGACAAUGAGGGCGAUGGAACAAAAAAAACAUCCAAAACCAAGAAACGAAAGCGGGAAUCUGAGGUGCCUCCCCCCAAGCCCAAACCCAAGCCCAAGCCCAAAGAGGACGAUGGCGAGCCAGAAGCCGAAGCUGAGGAGGACGAGGAGGCAGGAUCAAGCGCCAAGGCAGCCCCUCCCCCAUCUAAGAAACCCAAACGAGAAAAGGAGGACGAUGUCGAUCCUGCCUUGGAAGCGGACGUCGAAGCUAAGAAAGUCCGCGAAUGGAGACACAGAUUACAGAAGGCCCUUCUGGGGAGCAAAGGGUUGCCUCCAGUUGACGAAAUGCCUGCUCUUGAUCAACUUUUUUCGACUAUCGAGAAUUAUGAACAUCCCAAUCUUAUACUAUACCUUUCAUUUUCCAAAAUCGGUAAGGUCAUGCGUCACAUUGCUGCUUUAUCCACGGAUAAGGUUCCCCGCGACGACGAAUUCAAGUUCCGGACACGAGCAAAGUCAAUGGUCGACAAAUGGCACGCUAUUCUGGGCGCUAGCAAGGGAAAUGAGAAUACGGUUGAAAGCGUUGUCAACGGUGCGCCGGCAGAUGCGAACGCUGCUGCAGAGAAGAAGGUCGAUCUUAUGCAGACGUCUACAGUGGAGAACGGCCCUUCCAAUGCUGCGGACACAUCGUUGGGCGAUGUUACGAUGACAGAAGCAUGAAAUACUCAUAGGCCUCCUCAAUGCAUUCAAGCGUUGUCCUUGUCCUUUCAUAUUUUCUUUCCAACGUGACUUGUACCCUCGCGCUCGAGGCUACGACGUCAACUGUAUCACUCACACGCUCAUCGUUGAAGAUAUUUUACAUUUUCAUUUGACACAUUAUUUCCUUGUGAUACAUAUGCGGUACAUAUGUUCCAAUGCCAUGCUACGUCGUAUGCUC